UACCAUUUUUCGGCUUUUCACUUUGUUGUUUUCUGCAAAAUGAUGACUGGCCGUGGAUUCAUUUUUACAGUCAUUAUGGGCCUCCUGUUGGCCGUGAGUACGGUAACAUGCGCCGAUGCUGUUGAAACUGAAGGAUCUAUUGUUUCUGGAUCUGAGGAUGUCAAGGUGUCUCUUGAAUCCAAAUCUACUGUAGCUCCAACAUCUUCCGUUACUCAAAAAUCCUCAAAUUCAACUGAAUCCCCAGAAACUGAUUCAACGGAAAAGGGAGAUGAUGAAAAGCCGAUCACUGAACAAAUUCGUACUUAUAUUGAGGAUUCUGUCAAAUCAGUUAAACAUGCGAUUUCCAAAAUUGGAAAAUUCGUCGGAGAGUUGUUUGAACCAUCCAAUUCAACUGUUCCUUCAAAUCGUUCGACUACUGUCCCUGUUGCAUCUACCGUAAUCCCAUCUGUCGUUUCUUCUCUGCCAAAUGACAAGGAUCAAAAGUAAUGAACUUCUCUAAUAUUUAUUGGUUUUCGACUAACUCUACCCCAAGAAUAAUUGAAAUCAAUAAAUUUUUUUCUGUUUC